AUGCCACGAAGAAAAGCUGCAGACCGCACGGGCCCGGUCAAGACCCGGUCUCGCGAUGGCUGCAAAGAAUGUCGCGCGAGUCGUGUCCGCUGCGACACCAAAAAGCCUCGCUGCACACGCUGCUGGGAGAAAGGAUUGCCAUGCACUAAGAACCUGGUUCUGAAAUGGGAAUCGGAAUUCGCCAGUCGUGGCAUGGCCUUUGGUCGUGCGGGCGUUUGGAGCAAAUCUCAAACCGCGAGCCCAUCCACUCCUAGUUCCAUUUCUUCUAUACAGGAGUGGUGCCCUGUACCGAAUGUUCGCUCUUGGGGCUUUAUAAACAGCGGUGUUUCGACUUUUGAACGCCCAGAUGAAGUCAAUGUGGACUUUAACGAGCUGAAUGCGAUCAUCACCGUUGGCCAGAGCUCUAUCUCGCUAUUUCCUAGAAAUGAGACGGCUGAUCAACUAUGGUCGUGGCUACAGCAUCUCCCGUACCUCGGUGGACUGGCCAUGAAUUUCGAUGUUAGUCUUCCGCCUUCCCUCGCGCUGUUUCCAGAACUCUCCAAAUCGGGGCAUGGAGAGCUAUUCGAUUAUUAUCUACAACAAGUGUGUCCACGAACGACAGCUAGCUCUGCUUUCUCGUCACCAUUUGCUUCCGUCAUUCUUCCGUUUUGCCUGUCUGCAUCUCCCACUCUCUUCAAGGCGAUUCAAGCAUUGGGAGCAUGCCACUGGUCAAGGCUCAACCCGAGCUACAGUGCUAUCGGACUGCGGUUCAAAUCAGAGGCCCUGAGAGACCUUCGCCGACGUCUCUCUUCCGAGGGAAGUUUGACCUGCUCCAUGGAUCCCGAAGUGUUGGUUAUCAUGAUCAUGCUAUGUCUAUAUGAGAUAGUAGACAAAUGCGAUCAACAAUGGACGAUCCAUCUCAAAGGCGCCAAUGAUCUGAUUCGACUCCGAAGAAAACAACAAAAUACACUAUCUCAGUCAACAGCACCAUCGGAUCCUGUGACGAGUUUUGCAGAGCAAUUUUUCGCUUUCCAAGAUGUUAUGGGUCGAACAGCCUGUGCUAAGGAGGUCUUGUUUGGCACAGACUAUUGGAAAACGGACGAGCGAAACAUUGAUCUUUGGAUGGGUUGUAGUCCCGAAUUAGUUUCAGUUUUGGCAAAGAUCACAGAUAUGAGCCGAACAAGGAGGCAAAAUACGUCUGAUGCUGACAAGGCUUCUUAUGCCCUGCGUGCUGCUUCCCUUGAACGCCAGCUGGAGGGUUUGGUUCAGGAGGUCGGAGAGGGGGACGAUGAAGUCCUUGCACUAGUUGCAGAUGCCAAGCGACUGGCAGCAGUGCUAUACCUCCACUGUGCAGUGUACGGGGCUUCUCCCACCACCCCUUUGGUGAAAAGUUAUGUCCGCCAGAUCCUUCGGCUCAUUUCGGAUCUUCUCGAUCGCAACCUGCUGGCCAAUGUGACAUGGCCAGUCUUUGUGGCCGCUGUGGAGCUUGAUCCAUCAGAUGACGAGGUGUUCCCUGACUCUGAAACCGAGUCAGGGUCUGGACGGGCAAUUGUGCUGCGCGCCCUUGCAACAAUGGCCGAUUCGACCAUCUCGAAUAUUGCAAGGACCCGAGCAGUGAUCACCAAAUUAUGGCAGACACGGGAUUUUGAUCUGCUCAAAGGAGCUUCUCUUCAUGAUGACUGCAAUGAUUGGGAGUGGCAUGUGGUUCCAAUCAGCAAUGCCAUGAGUCUGGCUUGA